UUUUCCACUAAGAAAUAGAGAUAGCAUUAUGAUCUCUAUAUAAUAUUCAUCUUCUUUUUAUCCGUAAAGAGCCAUUGUCUUAAGUCGACUGAUGGGUCUUACUUCUUUCAACAUUACAGUCAAUAUUCGAUACACUUCACUCGGACGGACUGCACUGAUGGGCGGAAGCCAACAAAGACAAAGCGUAUCACCACUGUUGGUACAGACAACACGAAGAUCAUUUACUCUCCUGGAUUUAUACGCAAAAGGCCGUAUCCAAAUAAAAUUUUUGUUGAGUACAGCAUCAACUGCAGUGGGAAUGACCUGGCAUUCAUUGAUCUCUCUUACUUUCAUUUGCCAGGAAAGGUGUGCAGCAGGUGUUCAGACUAUGGGAGAGACUUUAUCACUGUGGAUCGUGGUCGUUUCGGAACACUGGAGAUGUGUGGGAACUCUAUAGACUCUAGUCUUGUGCUGGAGCUGCAGCACCAGUGGUCAGGGAAUUUAAGAGUUACAUUCCACACAAGUCGAGAGACAGAUAUCCGGGUUUUGAGAUGUACAUCAUUUGUUUUGACCGACAUUCUGAAGAUAAGAGGAGCUACGGCAGACACAGUUAUGAUAUGUUUCUUCCAACUCCUGAAGAACAGAUAGAGCUUAAUAAGAUGAACGAUGUUCUGUUUAAUGCUAUCCCAGAAUCAGCUGAUAUAUCCCUCGAAGAUAUAGAGGACUCUGAAAGUGGCUCUGACAAUGAGUCUAUUGUUGAGGACGACAGAGUCAGAGAAGAGGACUCUGAAAGUGGCUCUGACAAUGAGUCUAUUGUUGAGGACGACAGAGUCAGAGAAGAGUGCUCCGAAAAUGUUAGUUGGUUGCUGAAAGGAACCUCGGGGCUAGUAAUCCUAUCCUGAGACAACAAGCGCAGUCACUUCAAGCGCUUUUAAAUCAAAGACGGGAGGCUGAAAAUGAUAUAUUUACUUUCACCUGCUCCUUCAUGGACAACAGCCUUCGGUGCACAGUAGAUGAUGGUUUUGCUCCUGUAGUGAUAAAUGGCUCCUACUGCACUCCCAAUGGAGGCCCUCGAAGAAAAUGUGAUCCAUUUUAUGGCGAGUUUAGUUCAGAUGAUCAGAGUGUCACCAUUGAAGCCAUUAACUGCGAUGGACAAAGCAAGAGUAACAGCAACAAGAGGAUGAAGUGGCUAAAGGCAACACUAACAUUUUGAAUUGAACAAUUACUAUUGAGUAUGUUAGAGCUAAAUUAGAGUAUGUUUAAUAGCUGCUAAAUGACUGGUAAGAAUGUUACCUGUGUUUCUACUCAUUCUGCUUUGUACAGGCCAAUGGCAUUUUUACUGCCA